UACAGCGUGUCUUAUCUCCCCUCCCAUCAGCUAGUCGUGCGUUGCGUUCUCUAAUGCAUUUUCUGGGAUUUGAAACAAUUAAUUAAGCCGGUGUGCAGCCCGUGACGCCAGCUCAACGAGGUCCCGCUGCCUGGCGGAGCCCCGAAAAUGCGCAGCGGCUCCUCGGGAUGUGCUAGUGUUGCAUGACUCUCUCUCUCUCUCUCUCUCUCCCUCUCUCUCCUCUCCCUCUCUGUAAGGUGACCGGGGAGCCGCGCGCUCACUGCUCAUUAUUUAACGUCUUCAGAUCGAGCGGCAGCAGCGGGGAGACGAGCUUUGACGCAGAUCUGCUCCGGACACUGUUGUGACUGCUGGAAUAAGCCGAGAGGGCUGCCGGAGGGGAGGGGGGGUCUGUGUACUGACAUCUCAAGUGCCGGGAGCACUGUAUGUACCGCUUCAUGCGCCAACCUCCACUCUUCAGGUGAAUCCUCCGCACCUAUAGGCUGUGUGGGCUUUUCUUCUCUACAUUUUCAUCCAAAUUUGCCUGCACCUCGCCGCUGACGCUUGGAUGUUGGUAAAACGACGCGCAUGCGUUGCUCUCGGAAUAAUUUUGCAGCCUAAGUUGCAUCCCUGAGAUCUUGUGUCAAAGUCGUCGGCGGGAUCAGAGUUUAGCGAUGUGGAGCACUCUGGACCGAGGGCGCUGGGGGGUCUGCUGCUUGUCCCUGCUGGCCACUGUGGUCUGCGGGGCGCAAAGUGCCAACGAGCCCAGCAACAUGUCAUACGUGAAAGCCACCGUGGACAAGCUGCUGAAGGGCUAUGACAUCCGUCUGCGGCCCGAUUUUGGAGGCGCCCCUGUGGAUGUCGGCAUGAGCAUAGACAUCGCCAGCAUUGACAUGGUGUCUGAAGUCAACAUGGACUACACCAUCACCAUGUACUUCCAGCAGUCCUGGAGAGACAAGCGCCUCUCCUACACAGGCAUUCCUCUCAACCUCACUCUGGAUAACCGGGUGGCAGACCAGCUGUGGGUCCCUGACACCUACUUCAUUAAUGACAAGAAGUCCUUCGUCCACGGGGUGACAGUAAAGAACCGGAUGAUCAGACUGCACCCUGAUGGAACGGUGCUCUAUGGUCUCAGGAUCACCACAACAGCUGCCUGCAUGAUGGACCUGCGCAGAUACCCGCUGGAUGAGCAGAACUGCACCUUGGAGAUUGAGAGCUAUGGAUAUACGACUGAUGACAUCGAGUUCUACUGGCAGGGAGGGAGCAACAGAGGCUCAGUCACUGGGGUGGAGAACAUCGAACUGCCCCAGUUUUCCAUUAUAGACUACCAAACCCUCUCCAAGAAAGCUGUGUUUGCCACAGGUUCUUAUCCACGUCUGUCCCUGAGCUUUAAGCUGAAGAGGAACAUUGGCUAUUUCAUCCUGCAAACCUACAUGCCCUCAACCCUGAUCACCAUCUUGUCCUGGGUCUCCUUCUGGAUCAACUAUGAUGCCUCGGCUGCCAGAGUAGCCUUAGGUAUAACCACGGUGCUGACCAUGACCACCAUCAAUACCCACCUUAGGGAGACUCUACCCAAGAUCCCCUAUGUGAAGGCCAUUGACAUUUACCUCAUGGGUUGCUUUGUCUUUGUCUUUCUGGCCUUGCUGGAGUACGCCUUUGUUAACUACAUCUUUUUCGGCCGAGGUCCUCACCUGCAGAAGAAGGUGGCGGAAAAGGCUGCCAAGUCCAACAAUGAGAAUAAGAGCAGACUGGAGAGCAACAAAGUGCAGGUUGAUGCUCAUGGCAACAUCCUCCUAACCAACCUAACCAGUGAGAUGAGUGGAGCAGAUAUGAUGGGCGCUCUUAACGACCCUCGGGCAACCAUGUUCUCUUAUGACAGCGCCAGCAUACAGUACCGCAAGCCCAUGACCAGCCGAGACCUGUACGGACGACCGGCCAUUGACCGGCCGAUGGCCCACAAGAAGGGCCGCUUGCGUAGGAGGGCCUCGCAGCUCAAAGUCAAGAUCCCCGACCUCACGGAUGUGAAUGCCAUAGACAAGUGGUCUCGUGUCGUCUUCCCAAUCGCGUUUACCUUCUUCAACCUGGUCUACUGGCUUUACUAUGUCCACUAGGGUGGCAGUAGUGAGCCUGUGUGGCAGCACCACUACUCAUGAUUUGUUUGAAAAGCUACCUAGGUCUUGUACAGCGAUGAAAAUAGAGGAGCAUUCAGUCCGUUUGUAUAAAUCCUGUUUUGGAAUGAGUACUGGAUGUCUUUUCAAUGUAAAUACAAUUUAAUAUAUAAUAUAUAAAUAUAUAUAUAUAUAUAACAGAGGUAUAAUUUAUUAAAAAUUCUAUCACUUUUGCUGUACUCAUCCAUAAAAAAUAGAUAUAGAUAAAAAAAUACCGCGGAAAUAAAGACACAGUAAAGGUAUGGUAUUGUAUGGUAUUUGUCCAAACUUGCCAAAAAAUCUUUGGUGACUCAAACACUAGGGGCAAUGAUCUUUCAUUUCUUCUCUUUUUCUUACCUUCUGUUAUCUCACUUUUUGCAUGUGAAUGGAACACAAAUUUUAUUUGCUUAUAAGGUCAAAAAAACAAGAGAAAAGGAAGCCCAGUGCAAAACAAGUAGGUAACUAAAACUGUUUUUACAUGAUCUUGUAAUUGAUGCUCAUCCAGUUAAUUAAGAGCAGCUGUUUGGUUGAAUUCCAUUGUAAUAAGGUAGUCCUUAUUUGGUUUAAGCUCAGUGCUCUAACUGGGUGAAUAUCAUUGUGUUGAAAUCCUUUUGCACUGUAAACCAAACUCACUUUCCUUUCGUUUAUGUAAAAAAAGCUUUGCAUGGCUCUACUGAGCCACUCUGUAUAAUAAUCAUUAUACUGUAUGCUUUGGAACAAUCAUUGCAUUGCAUUUAAGGUAAGUACAGGACUGAUGUUAAUUGGAACUCCACUAAUUUCUCAAAAACAAUGUAGACAAAUUUGUAUUUGAUAUUCUCACAAUGUCUGUGAGCAUGUACAAUGUAAUUUUCUUUAAAAAGAAAUCAGGUAAAGAAUGACCAAUGAUGUCACCACACUUUCAAAAUCACAUUAAAAAUUUCAAGCCCUGAUAAAACACGCUGCUGGUGUUGAAACACCUGGUGUUACAGAUUAUUGAACAUUUUUGUCAGAUACCAGAUACUGUACAUAACUGUUAGAAUUGCACAGAGCUUCAUCCACCUCAAUGUGUUACAUAAUUAAAGGGCAAGUGCGAGGUCAACGUUACUCUUAAUUUAUUUUCCAGUGGAUUGCCUUUCAGCUUAUUAUCAAGGCUUAUGUAGUCAUUAGGGAUCAGUUGUAAGACCGAAGUUCAAAUUUGCUCCAGCUCCAGUGCCACAGCCAGGUUCAAAAUACACAUUUGAAGACAAACUAGUGGUGACGACAGCAAGAGCAAGUAUGACCAGCAAUUAGCAUACACAAAGUAUAUGUAACAGCCAGCCAAGUGUCCCUAGAAAGGACGUCCAUAUUCACCCAAUCUCAACCCAGGUCGUCAAAUACCAAAUCUGCCUCGUCACUCCCCUCACCAUCAUGUACAGAAGCACAAGUUACCCUUUAGAGUCCAUAUGACACCCUGUUUUAACACGCGGUUAACAUUGUGAAAACGUCUAGGCAACAAGACUAUUGUUAGGUUUAGGAAAAGAUCAUGAUUUGGUUUUAAAAUGAGUGAAGUCACUUACCUAUUACUACAUGUUACCUGAUGUAAUUUAAAAAUUUAAAUAAGUCAACACUGACUUUUGGUUUCACACAGGACACUUACCCCAGUCUCCUGGAUGAAACUGUGCUUGCACCCAAACCACCUCUAUUCACUGUGUUACGCAGAUGGGUUAAAUGUUGAAGGGGCAGGAUUAGCACCCUAGAGAGCACUUUAUCAUGUCUUAUCAACCAUAAGGGCAUCCAAGAGGGCACUUCAUUACGUUUUCUCAACUGAAAGGGUACCCUAACGGGUAGUUUAUCAUGUUUUGUCCACUGAAAGGGUACCCUCAAGGGUACUUUAUUGUGUUUUCUCAACUGGAAGGGCUCCCUAGAGGGAACUUUGUGUUUCAUCCACUGGAAGGGCACCCUGAAGGGUACUUUAUGUUUUGUCCACUGGAAGGGCAUUGACGGGUACUUUAUUGUGUUUUCUCCACAGGAAGGGCUCCUCUGAGGGUACUUUAUUAUGUGUUGUCCACUAGAAGGGCACUUAAUCACAUUUUCUCCACUGGAAAGGCCGCCGAGAGGGUACUUUAUUGGGCUUUAGCUACUGGAUGGGUGAUAUUUGACGCCCUGGGAAUGAGACAGGGCUGCCAUAUUGAACGGUUCCUCAUCUCAUAAAUUAUGUUCAUUCCCAAUGCAGGAAGUAGUGUGUUAGUAUGUAGUGAGGUAUAGAGGUCAUGGAUGGGCAUGGAUGGGCAUGUCAAGCAAGUCUGACUUUCUCUCACAGACAGCCAGUAAAAAAAUUGCAUUCCCCUAAACAUAAUGUCUCUCUAACCAUUACAGUUUUUUUUUACAGAAUUGUCCAGGCGUGUCCAAUAUUUGUUUCAUGAAAGACAGGACUUAACUUUAUAACAGUUAGGGGAAACCAAUUUGAAACAAAGUGAUGUGCUGUUUUGCCUGCUGGGGAGAUCUUAUGUGCUAAAAAACUGUAAAAGAAGAGGAAAGGGGUGCCUAUCUUCCUUUUCCUCUGCUGUACUUAAGUCUCCCUUGCAAAAGAGAUCUUCAAUGAGAUAACCUGAUUAAAUAAAGGUUAUAUAACAGCUGUUGAUUAUACAAGAAAAGUACAAGAAUUCUAAACGGAAACACAUUCACAUGUUGGACUUAGAAGGCUUCCCUUCCAGUACAUGAAAGUUCAUGUCUAAUACUAUGUGAGUAGGACAUCUAUUUCAUUUAAGGGAAACCUAACAUAGUGCAUUGUUCUUCCGCUGGAUCCUCCAGAACAUCAUCUGUGCUGAUGUUCAGUUGGGUUGAGAUCUGGUGACUGUGAAAACCAUAGUGUAUGAUUCACACCAUUUUCCUCAAACAUUCAGUGAUUUGAAUAGAAACAUUACAUUCUUUAUGUUCCCCGCUCUUUUGUUUAGGUUUUCCUUUAAUAUAUCUGCCUGUACAUUUAUAAGCUUUUAUCAUAUAAGCUGAAGCAGGCCUACAGCACAGACUUUCUGGAUAGGACUUUCUGUAAUUUGCACUCAGUGAGCAGAAAAUUAGAAACCAUUCACUGUAAGUACCAUGUUGGCCCUGAUAACUGCUACAAGGUGUAGCGUGACUUAUCCAUGGCUCUGUAGUGUACUUGUGUUAAAGCUGGCGCCAGCGCUCUAUUUUACUAAGGUUGAUGGAUGGACCUGCUAUGGAGGCUGCAUUUGUGUUCAUUCUAAAGGUGUUAGUAGGAUCUAUUGAAUGACUUGACCUGUUGUGGCUUGGUCACUCCAUCUGAAUGCUCCUCAAACAGUUCCUGGACAUUCUGUGACAUGACGGAAAGUGUUACCAUGUCCAGGUCUUCUUGUGAUUUGAUGCUGCUAUCAAUGUGUUGAUAUACAGGUUACCUAGGGUAAGCCAGUGUAGGAUUUAGCGGCAUCUAGUGGUGAAGUUGCAGAUUGAAACCGACUGAAUACUGCUCGCCUUGCAAGUGUGUAGGAGAAACUGUGGCAAAACCUGCGGAAAAUAGAAAAUAAAUAUCUAGAAUCAUUGUUUGGUUUGUCCAUUCUAGGCUAUUAUAGAAAAAUGAGGGUGUAACAUGGCGGAAGAAGACCUGCUCCCUCUGUAGAUAAAAACAUAUUAUAUUAUAUUUCUGCCAAUAGAACAUCCUAAAUGUUACACACUGUACCUGCCAAACCAUUACCACGUCACCCCCAGGAAUGUACAGUUGUAAUCAUCAUCAUCAUCAAUCAUUGUUUCAUGAACAAACUGUUGGAACCAGUAUUAAUCAAACCAGACUACACUUGCCUAGUCAUUCACAUUGCAUCAGUGAUGUUUCUGAACCAUCCGGUUGCUAAAGUCGUCAAAUGCUGCAGCUUGGUCAGUGUCCCUCUUCAAAAUAUGACUGUAGGUAUCCCUCUAGCAUCAUUUCUGGACACGCAUAUUUAAUCUUGCUAACAUGACCACAGAGCCCUGCGCCUCCAGAAAGGAGGAGAGUGAUAUACAUUGUCAUACUUUGAAGCGACGGCCACUGACCAAGCGGUGGUAUUUGAAGAGUUGGGAAUGAGAAUGUGUUGUUUGUGCAUUGGCACUGAACUUGAAAUUGGACAGAUAUUGUGAGGUGUCUAAUAUGGGCGUAACUUCUAGGGAUACUGAGCUGUUCUGAGCCCAAACACUAGCAGUUUACCACUGACAGGAGAGGCACCCUGUGUGGUUGUCUGCUGUCACACCCCCACACAGGUAGACAAAGACACGUUGUGUGUUUGUGUAAUUGCUUGUACUGGCCAGAGUCACUUGAUAUCUCCCAUAUUCGGCUUAUCUUGGUAAACCUAAGAAGGCAAACAAUUCUUAUGAGUUUUCUUUGUGAUUUGGUCCUUUCAUUGUUUAACUUUGAACCUGCUGCCUUUAAGCCCACAAAUAAAAUGGGAAAUUAGAGUUGUUGGCUUUGAUAGUAAAGGAGGGAUCACGUCUUUGGUUGUGGAAGGGUUUCUGGUUUGGUCACUGAGUGGGAUACGAAAUGUUCACAGUGGAUGAACAGCUCUGAAAGAAUAAUUCCAGUGUAUUACAUUUUGGCCAUCAUUUCUAUCAGCUAACAUCGUGCUCACUAAGUUAAUGGCUGCGAUCUGUGGCCACGGCAACAAACCGAGACGGGUCAAGAUACACAAGCAGUCAGGCGAUCAGAUUUGGUUGUAACCAAACCAACUAUUAUCCAGAUUAUAUAAACCACAUAUUUGGAGGUAAACAUGAGAGUGCAUAAUAAGAAAUGAGGGACAAAAUCAAGCAGGUACCUAUCCUUUAAAACCUCUCUUUAGAGAUGUUCCCACUUUCUGAGACAGUAUUGCUGAUAGAAGGUUGGACUAAAAAUUAAAAGAAAUACUCUGAAAUGAAUGGUUCAAAUAAUGUUUUUCUUCCUCAAAGAUUCCCCAGCUGCAGUAUAGUAAUUGCAACUUGAUGAUUAGGACAAAUGUGAGCUGCUUGUUUUAUCAGGGCUUUAAACAAAAAAAAUAAUAAAACCAGACAGGACACAAUAGUAGCAGUGUGCUCUUUCCUCAUGGCUGAAUAUUGUGCCUUUACCAAGAAUCUCAAUAUUUUCACAGGGUUUAACUUAACUUCUAUCUAGUGAGUAGAAUUUAAAACGAAUCAUCUUGUACUUUUUUUAGAUUAAGAAGAACAAGGAGAACCAAAAACAGAAGCGGACUCUUUAAGAUCUUUUCUGGGGCUCUAAAGUACAGUACCAUUAUCUAAGCGUAGAUUGUAGUAAGACAUUCCAGCAUUACGAUGACAAUCUUUUGAAUUCAAUGCUGAAAAAAUAUCCCCUGCGAGGCAGGUCUCCAUGCCGUCAGCGUUGGACGGACGGGAGGUGGAGAAAAAAAAAACGGAAAAAUAAAACAACUUUGCUUUCUUCACAACAAAGGACCUGGAGUAGGUGGACACAUGUUUUCUGUGGACGGACGAGCUAAUGGAUGUCCCGAACAACUGGUUUGCCCACAGGCUGUGGAGGGGAGGACAUGUGUUGGACUCUUAUUGUGUAAAAUUACUGUACAAUUUUUCUCUCGUGCUCUAUAUGUGCUCUCAAGUGGAAUGGGGUGUGGGUGCGUUUGCGUGUGUGUGUCUUUCUGCUUGUUUACGGGCCAACAUAAGACACUGUGCAGGAAUGGGUGUGUGUGUAUGUGUGUGAGAGAGCGAGAGAGGGAGCAUAUGGAUGCAUGUGAGAGGGAGAAAACACAAAAUACAAAUUAUUUGUGUCAACUUAUAGAGACUUCAAAGAAUAGAGUUUAAAUAAAAUUGCUGACAUCUCUACCAACUA